AGCAAAAUGAGCAAAGAAGACGAAUAUGACUUUCUGUUUAAGGUUGUGUUAAUCGGUGAUUCUGGUGUGGGCAAGUCCAACCUCCUCUCACGAUUUACUCGCAAUGAAUUCAAUCUGGAAUCCAAGUUGACCAUCGGCCUAGAUUUUGCCAUCAGGAGUAUUCAAGUGGACACUAAGACCAUCAAAGCUCAGAUCUGGGACACAGCUGGUCGAGAGCGAUACAGAGCAGGGAUAAGCGCUUUCUACGGAGGUGCCGUGGGUGCUCUUCUGGUCUACGAUAUUGCCCAACGCUUGACAUACGAGAACAUUGAACGGUGGUUGAAGGAGCUGAGAGAUCAUGCGGACUCUAAGAUUGUCAUUAUGUUAGUGGGUAACAAAUGUGACUUGAGACAUCUCAGAGUAGUGCCCAUAGAGGAGGCCAAGGCGUACGCAGAAAAGAACAGACUGUUCUUCAUGGAGACCUCAGCUUUAGACUCAACCAACGUAGAGGAUGCCUUCCAGAAUAUGCUAACAUUGGCCCUCAAUUCAUAUAAGUCUGAGCAAGCUCUUAAUGAAGCCAUGAAGUUUGGAUUUGUUCGUCUGAAUACUACUAAUAUCUUAUUUUUUGGAAUGGCUGGCACUGGUAAAACCUCCACUAAGCAUCUCCUUCUGGGACUGCCUCCUCCUGAAGAUCAAAAUAGUACUCCAUUAGCUACCACAGCUGAAAAGAUACGACAAAUUCGUGACACUACAAAGCUGAAAAUGGAAGCUCAAGAAGAUCCCUCUAGAACAUGGAAACCAGUAACUAGUGAUGACCUACAACGCAUUGUUGCUGAUGCUAUUAAAUCUUAUGUAACUAGCCCACUGACAGAUUCUAACCCUAAAGCAUCUGCUACCCCACAAGAACUCAGCAUUGCUCUGAAGCAACUUGAACCUAGCAAUGAAUUCAGUGCGCCAGUUGAUGCGAGAGCAACUGAACUACCAGUAGCUGAAGCAAAAAUAACACAUAGUAAGCAAGAAGGAAAAUUUCUUAACACUGUUUCGAAUGUAAUGGCAAAUAUUCAGCGAUUUUCUGAUCCUGAUCAUACUGCUGUUCAAGAAAAGUUUGGAUCGCAUUGGAUCUAUAUAAUUGAUAGCGGUGGGCAACCACAUUUUCAUAAUCUACUGCCACUCUUCAUGCCCAAGAUUUCUGUAGCGUUGUACAUUCUUCGUCUGUCUGACUGCCUAGAUGAUCAUCCGCUAGUUGAAUACUACAAGGACAAUAAGACAGUUAAUGAAAGUUUCAAGUCACAUCUCUCAGUUCUGGAUAACUUCAAGUAUCUCGUGCAGUCAAUUCAAUCUCACAGUGAAAACUGCAAGCUGGUAUGCAUUGGUACUCACAAAGACCAUCAAUCUGAAUGCAAGGAAACAUUAUCCGACAAGAAUAAAACGUUAUUGAACUUUGCGGAGAAAGACUGCAUUAAGAAGUUGACUAUGUUUUUCAAUUUGGGUCGGACGAAAGAGAUCAUAUUUCCUGUGGAUAGCAAACACUGUGAUUCUGACAGUAAGAAAGUGGCAAAUACAAUUCGUGAAUAUAUUCACAAACUGUCUCAAGAGCUGAAUAUUGAAAUCCUGGUCCCUUUUUGGUGGUUUAUUUUGGAACUUGUUGUCGAGAAAGUUUCCAACGAUCAAAACAGAAAGGUUUUAAGCAAGACUGAAUGUGUAAAAAUUGCAAAAGCAUUACAUAAUUUUCACGAAGAUGCACUUUGUGAAGCUUUAAAAUUCUUCCAUGAGCAUCACAUAUUUCACUAUUAUCCUGCCAUUCUACCAAAUGUGGUAUUCUGUGAUACUCAAGUGCUACUCGAUAAAGUAACAGAGCUUGUCGAGUAUGCUGCAUAUGUGCGAGGAAGUAACACUCCAAUACAUGGGUUAGGAGACUGGUUAAAAUUUACUGAUAAAGGAAUUAUUACGAUUGAAUUUUUAUCUGAUAAGAAUUUUGAAAAAUACUACGUCGAUGGACUUUUUGCACCCAUUGAUCUUAUUGAAAUAUUCAAGCACUUGCUGAUAGCCACACCAUUUCGUUUAUUCUCAGGGAAAGAUAAGCGUUUCUAUAUGCCAUCACUUCUAUCAUUGCUUCCACCAACUCAAAUCAAUGACAAACGAGCUGAUUUGCUUAAAACUGGUUUAAUUCCACUCGUUUUACACUUCAAAAAAAACUGGCAGUGCUGUGGAGUGUUUUGCUGUCUCCAAGUGUACCUGAUUAAAGAAUGUAAAUGGGAAAUUGAAAUAGAAGAUCACCAGCCGAGUAGAAACUUUGUACAAUUGAUUCAUCGUGAGGAAGAUUGCUUUAUCACGCUAAUUGACGGGUUUUCGUUCCUCGAAAUUCAUUCCAGUAAUAAUCGAAAGGAAAUGUUGUCUUUGAUAUAUGCAAAUAUCCACUCUGGUCUUCGAUCUGCUUACAAAGCCCUGAAAUACACGUAUGAGGAUCCUGAAGAUGCAUUUUUGUGUCCCCAUGAAUUGCCCGAAUCUCAAUCAACUGAAACAAGCUAUCAAGUACCCCACCACCCAGCUCGUGUUCUGGCUCAAGGAAAUGUUAUGAGGUGUACACAUUACAAAAAGAUGACGUAUAAUUUGGAAAAUGGCCAUAAAGAUUGGCUCUCUGCUUGUUUUAAACUGGAAGAUCCUCUAGCCUCAGGCCAGCGCAAAAUAUUAUUGCCAUCAGAUAAAGAAAUUGAAACUCAGUCAAGGCGUCCGAAAAAUGAUGUCACUGUACAAGAAUCAUCAUCAGAGAAGGAUACAAACAAUGGAAAAAGUGCACACCAGCCGAUUGUUCUCACUGGAGCGGAUAUUCACAUAAUUUGUGAGAGUCUAAAAACUGCCAGCUAUAAUUGGUUCAAAUUGGGAUUUGCUCUCGGAGUAAACUAUUACGAAUUGAAAAAUAUCGAAAGUCGAUACGAAGAUAACGAUCGUCGCCUAAUGGAGAUGGUAGCCAAGCGUCUUGAAGUCACUGAUCCAGAGCAUCUGAUGACAUGGCCUUACAUAUGUGAAUGUCUAAGGAGGCCUACUGUUGAGCGUAACGAUGUAGCCAAGGAAAUUGAAAAGAGGACAGCAACUGCAGUUGCUCAUAGUUCCACCAAUUAAUGUUGUUAUGAGAACUUGACAAGGUUCAAAUGUUUGUAAUCUAAUUGUAGUCUGUUGAAUAAAAUGUAGCUUUGGUUGAUUGUGCUGCACUUAUGUUUUCAUACAGAUACAGAUAUACUGCAUGGAGUUAUAAUUAUACUUGGGACGAAUAAAGAGUUCAAGUAAAGAAGCAUGCAAGAAUUACAAGUAAAGAACUAACUCUAUGUUGACAACGUUGUCUAAGAAAUAAUGAACUAUAACUACUUGGCUCUGCGUGUUUGUGUGCAUCCAUAUGUUUGUAUGACUAAUUUUCAGCUUUGUAAUUAGUGACCCUU